UGUGAUCAUAAACAAUGGAUUCAGCCUUUAUAACCUGUAAAAUUUGUUCCAAAAAAUUUACUGACCCUUGUCAUUUGGAGUGUUUGCAUGAUUUCUGUAAAGAGUGUAUUCGAAAUGAUCUGAAACAAAAUCUAAGUACAAGACUAGAUGCAUAUUCCUGUCCAAUUUGCAAACAGCUAACACCAACCAAAAACAAAUCUCCCGAAGAUUGGGUUGAGCAACUUCCACCGAGUGACUUUGUAUCCGCCCUAACGGAAGUGUAUAAACUGAAAAUAGAUGAUGUCUAUUGUUCUCCUUGCAACCGGAAGAGGAGGUCAACAACAGGAAGUAAAUGGUGUCGAACUUGCCGUGAGACCCUUUGUAUAAAUUGCCUCGACGUUCACGGUUCAUUGAAAACUACGAUGAAACAUACCAUUCUGGACCUACAGGAAGUCAAAUCCAGAGAAACAAAGAAGAUCAUUUUCGAUCCAAACUGUAUGAAUCAUGAACAUCAACCUCUGACGUCAUUCUGUGAAGCUCAUGACGAACUAAUAUGUUCGCUUUGUACCGGAGAGAAACACAAAGACUGUACAUCGAUCAGGACCGUCAACGACGAAGUUAGAGUCAAGUCGCAUGACAUUCAAGAUAUCUCAUCGAAAACUUCAGAACAUCUUCAGAUCACUAAUAACGCCUUACAGUCGUCACAGGCAUCUCUCCGAGAACUGGACAAUUCGUUUCUGAACUUAAGCAAUAGUAUUCGAAGUGUUCGAAAGCGUAUCGAUGAAAUGCUAAGUAAAUACGAACGAAAGUCUUUGGAAAAACUUGCUGGGAUAGAAAAUGAAUUUCGAGAAAAAUUGCAACAUGACAUACAAAAAUUAGAAUCCUUAAACGCAGAAUGUUCACACACAAAUCAAUUGCUCGGCAAUGUGAAAGAUUAUGGUACAGAUGGUCACAUCUUGCAAUGUCUCCAACAAGUUAGAGGUAGGAACGUCAGUCACUCGACAGUUGUUGAAGAAUACAAAGAAAUGUGUGGAUUGCCAACGGUUAAUUUUGUGAUCAACAGUCAACUAGAUGAUGUGCUGAACACCUUGACUUCUGUAGGAGAGCUUGUCGUGAAUGAUAUUGGAAACAACAAGAAAACACAGCAGCUGCCCUCUAAAUCCAGACAGACAGAACAUAAACCAAAACCUACAGAGAUAAAACGUAGGUUAGCGGACAAAACAGUGUCUGUGAGAACUCGGUCUGACGAGAAUGUGUGUUUGAUCACUGGCAUUCUCUCUUUGCCUUCACUAGACUGGCUUCUCUGUGACAAAGGAAACAAAAAAUUAAAACUUUAUGACAGUCAGUUUCAGAUUAAAUCGGAGCACAUCCUCGAACAAACGCCAUAUGACACCACCUGCCUCGAUGACCACGUGGUUGCUGUGACGGUGCCAGAGGAAAUGAAAAUAUUGGUCUUCAGGGUCCUAGCUGGAAUCAAUUUACAAGAGGAACUGAAGAUAAACGAUCGCUGCUACGGAAUAAGUUAUUCUUCAAAAGAGGACAAAUUUGUAGUAACGUGUCCUUUUGCAUCACCAGCUUCUGUCCGAAUUCUUUCCAGAAAAGGAGAAGAAUUGAUGAAUCUAACUCCAGAAGAGAACCUGCAGUCUUUGUUUCUUCGUCCAUGGUAUGUCGCAUUUGAUGGAACUGGAAACUCAUAUUUUGUCAGCGAUAGUCAAAGGAAUCGGGUUACAUCUAUCACUAGAUCUGUAUACAGACGGUUUCACUACACGCACGCUAACAUGAAGAGCCCACGUGGUCUAGCUAUGACAUCGAAUGGCGAGAUGUUCAUCGCGGGAUGGGGUUCGGACACUGUGCACAGAGUUGAUGAGAACGGAAGACUCAAGGAAGAAUUUUUGUCCCGCCAUGAUGGGAUCAUAAGUCCUCAGGCCGUUUGUGUAUCGAAAGACAACACCACACUGGCCUUGUCUCUAGAUCAGACCAGCUGUCGCAGCGAUCUGAUGCAGAUUUUUCUUAUAUGA